UGGGGCCUCUCUCGGGCUGCCCUGCUGGAGCCCUGCGCUGCUGGCAGAGCCAGUCCCGCUGCCCGCGGCCUCGAGAGGCGACGCGAAGGAGCGUGGAUGGGGCUUCCUCCAUGUUUGUUUCCUUCCUCAGGGGGAGACCUGCAGCCCGAGGCGCGGAGCGGAGCGUCAGCUUCCAGCUGGUGGUGCAGGAGCUGGAGGUUUGAUGGAAGUAGUGGCUUAAGGACCCCGCGCCCGCAUCGAGGCAAUUAAAAAGGGAAAGAGGCUUGAAUCGAUGGUAUUGCGGGCCUCUCUCCAUUUCCUAUGGCCAACGCGCCCAGCGCGGGGCUGGCAGCUGCAGACCCCCGGGUACUGGCCUUAGCUGCUCAGGUCACUGAGAGUCCAGAACAGGACAUCCCCCUGCUACUUCUGAAGUUAAAGGGAAUUUUAAAUAGUGCUUCCUUGGGAUGUGAAGAAUCCAAAAAAAUUAAGCAAGAUAUAUAUGAUUAUGAUCUUACACAGUACUGCAUGCUGGUCCUUAGACAAGACCACUCUCGACUGUGUGGGGGCUGGGCUACCGCUGCCCAGCUAGCAGAGAUACUAAGUCAUUGUUGUGUAGGUCUAGAGGUGAAAGGAGAUCCUGAGGAAUUCUACAAGAAAUUUCUUCCUUCAGCUAUAGACAACCUGCUGGUUUUGGGAAGACGCUUGCAAGCACGAUUUAUCCGAGCACUCAAGGAUGAAGAAAAACAAGAUUUUUUACGCUGGUUCCAAACAGUAACUGAUGCCAUCUGCUGGCUGUUCGGUGGGCAUAUUCAACUAGCAGCAUGCGUACUGCAAAAUGAUCACUUCCUGCAGCUGUUAAUAACAGAUGAUGUUGAAACAGCAAUUACAAUGAUGUCUGUUUUACACAAUAUUUUGAGGGUCAAUAGUUCUGUCUUGCUUCAGGUUGAUGAAGAGACCCUUCACUCUGUUUUGGAUGAACUUGUUUAUAAGCUUUCAUCUACCACCAAUCCUGUCAUAGGGAAUGCUGCUACAAAACUGCUAUUAUUGGUGGCAAAAUUUUGCAAGCAGCUUGUGAAGUUACUCGCAGCUCGCUACAAAGGAUUAAAAGGGCUUUUAAGUAAACAAUGGACUGGCAAAGGAUUUGACAGGGAUCUCAGUCAACUCUUGGACCUGCUGUACUUGGAACAAUCCAGUGGAAAAGGAGAAAUGCAGAGGCAGCAUCAAGCAGCUUGUAUAAUCCAGGCUAUGUGGAGGGGAUUUCAGACAAGGAAAAGGCUGAAAAAACUACCCCAAGCAGUGACCACUUUACAGAGGAGCUUCAGAGCUAAACGGCAACAGGAGCUGCAGCAUUUAAAAAAACAGAAGGAAGAUGAGGCUCUAAAACUGCAAAUGCAACUUCAGAGACAGAGGGCCAUGAGACUCUUCCAUGAGCGACAGCUGGCCUUACUGGAAAUAAUCCAUGCCAGUCAGGUAAAUAAGUACAUGGAGGAAAUGGAAGGGAAAUCAGCAUUAACUAUCCAGAGAUUCUGGCGAGGGUAUAGAGCAAGAAGAAAUUUUCAUCAACAGAAACAAUCUCUUAAGGAGUAUAAAGCAGCUGUUGUCAUUCAGAGAGCAGCUUGUAAAUUCUUGGAAAAACGAAGAAGGAGGAGACUUCUCUCUCCUUGGAAAGAUCCCAAGGGACUGACUGAUGAGCAGAGACUAGCUUUGCAGCAGAAGGUGGAUGACUACAUCAAAUUGCAUCCGGCUUCCCAAAUGUCAGAAGAAAUGAGUAAAGAAUUACAUAUGCAAGCCCAGGAAAAGCUGUCACAGUUCCUGCUGAGGAGCAGACUAGAUCAGAGAGCAGCGCAGCGAAGAGAGGCCUUACUGGCUCAGGUCAACACCGAUGUGGAGCUGCUAAUGAGUGCUCCAGGGUUAGCAAAGACCACAGAAAAAGAUCUUGAUGUCUUUAUGAGUCGAUCAAUCCCUGUAGCUACCAAGGCAAGGCAAUCCCACAACACUAUGCUGAAAUACACUCGCUGGCCAUGGUGGAAGAAGCUUGGAGAUGAGUUUAUGGAGGAUGAUGUCAUUCCUGAUGAUGCCCUAAAUGCAGAACUGGGAACUCUAUUUAUUGGUGGAAGGAAAUCCUUUUAGUAAAGCAAUACAGGAGCAUUAUUGAUACAGCUUCGGCAGCAGCAAACAACCUGGAAAAGAAAAUCCUUUGAUGGAUAUGGAUAAGAAGGAAGGGACAGCAACUGUUCUUCUGCUGAAGGUGCCAGCAGAGUCAUGGAGCAGGAAGAAGGCAGCAAAAGGAACAAAAGAAAAGGAAUGCUCAGCCCUUUCAAAGCCAGUGUCCUCUGCUGGCUCCUGCAAUUGAGGAAAAUUCCUGUUUACACAGACAGAUAGACUUCUUUUUCAGCUUUAGCUGUAACUGGACUCUGCAAACAACAGGAUGCUGAUCUCCAGCAGAGACACUGGCAUGCGCUCAAGACUAUGCUGCUAAGUCCAAGGGCGUCUCCUGGCCUUUCAGACAGGCUGUAACAGGAGCUUUGAGCUGAGGACAGUAGAUAACCCUGAUGCUAUUUCACCUCUCGCCUCCAAGUCUUCUACUGCUGAUUUCCAUGGGAGCAGAAUCUGGUAUAAACAUCUGCUCUCCACUGCAGAGUAUCACAUACAUCAAGUACAAGGAGAAAUGAAAGCUUUCUCCAAGUAGCGGGAUCGGGGCUAUUUAUAAAUUAGCAUGCAUCAGAAAAGGAG